AUGGCUACCGCCAACAGGCUCGAGAGGCGGCAGUCUUUCGACGUUGUAGCUGAACAAGUAAAACGAAAGUUCGACAUUUCCCACUUCGACCUCAAUGCCGUCAUCAGAGGUGUCCAGUUGACGCUUGUUGGUGCCCAACGGGCAUUACAGAAUCCUGGCAUCUUUACCUCACGACACUAUAAACAAGCCGCCAUUGCCGUAGCUGCUGGCGUUCUCAUCCGCUUGCUGAUAUCCAUACCUAUUAUCGGCAUCAGGGUCUUACUCUGGUUCCUGUCCUUUGGGAUUGAUCUAAGCAAUGCUACCUGGGACGACAAGUUGGUCGGCGGCCUUGGCUUCGUCGAGGAACACGUUCUUCAAGCGCCCCUAUUCUUUAUGAGCUUGAUGCGCUAUGUUACUCCGACGUUGGAUGAUCUGUUUGUUUCCAUAUGGCCACACCUCUACUCCUCGGACAAGUCUGUUAACCAGCUGCCCUACAGAUUCAUGGACUCGAUCAGAUGGGUCGAUACAACCUAUGUCAACAAGCAUAAGCACGACCAAGACCCCAGCAAGCUUCGGUCCAUGUACUAUCCCAACCUGCGCCAAUACACGGCCAGAGACGGGACCACGAACUCGACAAGCACCGCCGAGAAUAUCUCCAUGUUUAUCUACCGCUUCGCCAGGAAAGGUGCUAUCUCGCUCGCCGUCUUUGCGGCCUCAUACCUGCCUUAUGUUGGCCGUUUCGUCCUUCCAGCAGCCUCUUUCUGGACAUUCAACAGGGCUGUUGGUCUUGGCCCCGCCUCUGUCAUCUUUGGCACCGGCGUCCUCCUCCCCAGGAGGUACCUCGUCAUCUUCCUGCAGAGCUACUUCGCCUCGAGGAGUCUUGUGAGGGAGCUUUUGGAGCCGUAUUUUGCCAGAAUUCGGUUUACCAGUGAGCAAAAGAGAAAGUGGUUCCGCAGCCGUGAGGGUCUCCUGUUUGGCUUCGGUAUUGGAUUCUACAUCCUUCUUCGUGUUCCCCUUCUUGGAGUAUUGAUCUAUGGUAUUGCUGAAGCUAGCGCCGCCUAUCUGAUCACCAAGGUAUCCGACCCGCCUCCGCCGCCAUCAGAGUCCAGCGGGUUCGCCGAGAGCCAACUUGAAUGGAGGAACAAGCAGAAGUUCCUCAGCCUGUCGUUGGCAAACAUGGACAGCAUUCAUGAUAAGCCGCCUCCAUAUUCGGCAGUUGACCCGCAUCCCAAAUCCGAGCUAUAA